GGAGAAGGCGACCCAGCCGUCCUCGAUGUUCAAGUCUCUGUCUCCCAGCCCAGCGUGCCACCCAUAGCGGCCAAAAAUGCAUUUGCCCGCGUCAAUGAUCGUCUCACCUCGUUGAAAUUCUUUGAGACACGGGGACUCGAGCGUGUUCCCCUAGAGGAACGCCAUCAAGUCACAUCGGCCCACUACCUGCAAAUGACGCUGCUCUGGUUCAGUACGAAUAUCACCGCAAACAACAUGGCGAUCGGGAUGCUGGGCCCUUCGAGCUACUCGCUGGCGUUUGUCGACUCCUCCCUCUGCGCAACAUUCGGGGCCCUACUGGGAGCGGCUGUCGUUGCAUACAUGAGCACGUUUGGACCCUUGAGUGGAAAUCGGACGAUGGUCAUUGCCCGGUAUUUUAUGGGAUACUAUCCGAGCAGGAUUGCAUGCCUCCUGAACAUCAUCAUAAUGUUGGGCUAUGGCAUGGUGGACUGUGUAAUGACCGUCAUCGUGGGUAUCAUCAUUGUCGCUGUCGUCACAUGGCUGGUGGUUCUGUUUGGCAUGGAGCUGUUUCACAUCUAUGAGAGCCUGGCCCUCAACUUUGCUAAUCUUGUCGGUGUUGGACUUGCUUCAGGCGCCUUCGCUCACCCCCAAUGGGCCACCGCGGAGAGCACAUCGGCUGGUGCUCUGGUCAUGGCGGGCUAUGAUGGACUUGGCGGCUUCGGAAAGUUCUUGGGUGUUCUGGUCUCACUGGGAAUGAUUACCAAUAAUGCCGCGGGCACAUAG